AUGCUAAAAAUUAUCCUCCCAACAAUUAUACUCCUACCUACAACCCUCCUAUCCCCACAAAAAUUCCUAUGAACUAACACCACCACCCACAGCCUACUAAUCGCUACCCUCAGCCUACAAUGACUAUCUCCCACGUACUACCCACUUAAAAACACAACCCAAUGAACUGGCAUUGACCAAAUCUCAUCCCCCCUACUAGUUCUAUCAUGCUGACUACUUCCCCUUAUGAUCUUAGCGAGCCAAAAUCACCUCCAGCACGAACCCUCACCACGAAAACGAAUCUUUAUCACAACCUUAGUAAUAGUCCAACCAUUCAUCAUCCUAGCAUUCUCAACCACCGAAUUAAUACUAUUCUAUAUCUCAUUCGAAGCCACACUUAUUCCAACCCUCGUACUAAUCACACGAUGAGGUAACCAACCAGAACGCCUAAGCGCAGGUACCUACCUACUAUUCUACACCCUAAUCAGCUCCCUGCCACUACUAAUCACAAUCCUAUUCCUACACACCCAAACUGGUACCCUUCACCUAACAAUACUAAAACUCACACACCCAACCCUCACAACCUCCUGAUCCAGCCUUCUAUCAGGCCUGGCCCUACUAAUAGCAUUCAUAGUAAAAGCCCCCCUAUAUGGUCUCCACCUAUGACUACCCAAAGCCCACGUAGAGGCCCCAAUCGCAGGGUCAAUGUUACUUGCCGCUUUACUUCUAAAACUAGGAGGAUAUGGCAUUAUACGAAUCACUCUCCUAACAAGCCCCCUCUCAAACCACCUGCACUACCCAUUUAUUGCCCUAGCCCUAUGAGGAGCACUAAUAACUAGCUCAAUCUGCCUACGUCAAACUGACCUAAAAUCCCUCAUCGCCUACUCAUCCGUAAGCCACAUAGGCCUAGUCAUCGCUGCAAGUCUAAUCCAAACCCACUGAUCAUUCUCAGGAGCAAUAAUCCUUAUAAUCUCCCACGGCCUAACCUCCUCCAUACUAUUCUGCCUCGCUAACACAAACUACGAACGCACACACAGCCGAAUCCUACUACUCACUCGAGGCCUCCAACCCCUACUACCACUCAUAGCCACCUGAUGACUCCUAGCCAACCUCACAAAUAUAGCCCUACCCCCCACCACAAACUUAAUAGCAGAACUAACCAUCAUAAUCGCACUAUUCAACUGAUCUACACCCACAAUCAUCCUAACUGGCAUCGCAACUCUCCUAACCGCCUCAUACACCCUAUUCAUAAUACUAACAACCCAACGAGGAGUCUUACCAAACCACAUUACAUCCAUCCAAAACUCAAACACCCGAGAACACCUCCUAAUAGCCCUCCACACUAUCCCCAUACUACUCUUAAUCCUCAAACCAGAAAUCAUCUCUGGACUCCCCUCAU